CCCAUUCAAUUUCACAGCGACUGAUACCACAAUCCAUGGCUUUUCCCUUCUCUUCUUGUAUCAUCAUCAUCUUCUUCAUCUUCUUCAGACGUAUUGCUUGUCAGCAAUCCUACGAUGGAAGCCCUUGUUCAAGCCACGAUUUCCGCCCAGGUUCCCAAUACACUUGCAAUUCCACCAGCAAUUCAUGCCAUACAUUCAUUGUCUACCGCCCCCAACUCGGCUUUCAAACCAUCUCAGACAUCGCCAGACUUCUCAACAUCACAGAUCAAAAUCAACUAAUCAACAUAAACAAUCUAACAACGGCAACACAGAUUCUCAAACCAGGGACAGAUGUUUUGGUUCCAAUCAAUUGUUCUUGCUCAGGUGAGUUCUUUCAAGCCAACCUCACCUAUGCUGUUCUCGAACUGACGUCUUAUUCGGAGAUUGCUUGUGGUGUUUUCGAAGGCUUAUUGAAAGCGCGCACACUUCUUCUAGCAAACCCAAAUAGUCGGAAUGCUGUUAACAGCGGUACGGAGCUUCAUGUCCCACUAAGAUGUGCAUGCCCAGAUAAUUCCACUAGCAGCAACGGCACUAAUUACCUUUUAACUUACCCUUUUAUAGAAGGUGAUGGCCCAUGUAAAUUGGGAAAGAAAUUUGGAAUUCCUCAGGAAGAAAUAUGGGCUGCGAAUGGUUUCAAAACCCGGCCGACUGUCUAUCCCAACACAACAUUUUUGGUCCCAUUGAAAGGGAUCCCAGUCAUUAAUCCCCAUCACAGUAAUUCUUGCCGAGGUCAGAAUACUGUUUUUGUUCCACUAAUUCCAGUCAAAAUAACUGACCCAAGUUCAAGGAAAAUCAAGUUAUAUAUUAUAGGAGCGGCAGCGGGUGUUCUCUUCUUAUUUUCAGUGGUUAUUGCUGGUGGGUUUUAUAUCAAAUGCAUGAAGAAGAUGAAGAACAAGAAGUUUGAGGCUUCAGGAGCAAAAAGCACGCCAAUUUCACGUUUAUCUCUAGAUCUUGCCAUGGGGUCAACACUAAAAUAUUCUCUAUGCAAUUACAGUAUUGGCGAGCUCAGAGAAGCUACGAAUAAUUUUAGUGAGGACACCAAGAUAAGUAGCUCUGCUUAUAAGGGAAGGAUUGGUGAUUUUGAAGUGAUAAUCAAACAGAUGAAUUCUGAAGACACUCAUCGGAUUAUCGAUAUGUACUCAAAAAUCAACCAUACAAAUAUUGUGAGGUUGCAUGGAAUGUGCUAUGGGGGAGAUGAUUGCCAUCAGUCCCAUCUAGUCUUUGAGUAUGCGGGAAAAAGCUGCUUGAGGGACUGCCUAUUGAAUGCCUCUAACGUUCUUCAAUGGCAAGGACGGACAAAGAUAGCGUAUGAUGUUGCAGUUGGACUUCAUUAUUUACACUACUGUUCAAUUCCAUCUUAUGUUCACAUGAAUAUCAAUAGCAGGAAUAUUUUGAUAACUCAUGAUGGGAGAGCGAAGAUUGCGAAUUUCGGUGUCGCUUCGGUUCUGUAUUCUUCAAAUGGAAAGAGUGAUAUUGCUGCAAGUGUAGGAGGGUGGAUUGCACCAGAAUACCUUCUUGAAGGAUUGGUUUCAGCUAAAGUAGACAUUUUUGCAUUUGGGGUUGUUUUGUUUGAGCUCAUAUCAGGAAAAGACGCUUUAGAUGGGAGUUUGUUUAAAGAGUCCCUUGGAUUCUUGGGAGGUUGUGGAAGUGAAGGAAAUUGUUUUCAGAGAUUAAGAAGUUUGAUGGAUCCAGGUUUGAAGGAGGCCGAUUAUCCUCUUGGAGAUGCAUUGUGUAUGGCUAUUUUAGCUAAGGCUUGCGUGGAAGAUGAACCUUUGCAUAGACCAUCCAUGAAUGACAUUUUGAAGAUCCUUGCAAGAAUGGUAUGAGAUUGUGUUUUAAUGGGGAAUGUAAAUAUGAUAUGAAUA